CGCGCCCCGGGGCUGGGGGCGGGCGUCCAUGGAGCGCCACUCCAGUUACUUCUUCGUCUGGCUGCAGCUGGAGCUGUGCGCCGUGGCUGUGUUGCUCACCAAAGGUGAGAUCCGCUGCUACUGUGAUGCUGCUCACUGCGUGGCGACCGGCUACAUGUGCAAGUCAGAGCUGAGCGCCUGCUUCUCCCGACCGCUGGAUCCUCAGAACACAAACUCCCCCCUCAGCCACGGCUGCCUGGACUCUGUCGCCAGCACGGCCGAUGCGUGCCAAGCCAAACAGACGCACAACCACUCCGGCACCAGCGUGCCCACAUUGGAAUGCUGUCAUGAGGACAUGUGCAAUUACAGAGGCUUGCAUGAUGUGCUCUCUGCACCCAGGGGAGAGGCCCCAGGUGCCAGCGGCAGGUACCAGCACGACGGCAACAGGAACCUGCUGAGCAAGGUGCAGGAGCUGAGCUCGUCCAAGGAGCUGUGGUUCCGCGCCGCGGUGAUCGCCGUGCCCAUCGCGGGCGGCCUCAUCCUGGUGCUGCUCAUCAUGCUGGCCCUGAGGAUGCUGCGCAGCGAGAACAAGAGACUGCGGGACCAGCGGCAGCAGAUGCUGUCACGGCUGCACUACAGCUUCCACGGACACCACUCGAAAAAGGGCCAGGUGGCCAAGCUGGACCUGGAGUGCAUGGUGCCCGUCAGCGGGCAUGAGAACUGCUGUCUGACCUGCGACAGACUGAGGCACGGAGACCUGCGCAGCGAGAAGGUCCUGUCCCUCGUGCACUGGGGCAUGUGCAGCGGGCACGGCAAGCUGGAAUUCGUAUGACGGGGGGCCCCACCCGGCGCACUCGCUGGCGCCGGCUUCUGCUGGGACAGGCGCACUUUACAAGAGUCACCUUGGAGAGAUGGCAGGCCCCUGCCCGCCACCAAGGAGACCUGGGGGACUCCUCCGGAAGGAUUAUUUGCACAGCCUGGAGAUGUAGUGUUGGCUUGAAAAUGACAAAAACAUUUAAAAAAAAAAUUAAAAAGUGAAGUGGAGCCGCUGUACACGCUGUUAGCAGGGUUGUUCACGGGAGUGGGAACUGAGUGCUUCGGUCAAGUACGUGUGUGCUCUGGGCGCUCUGACACCCUGCCUUAGUGUAAAGAUUUUGGAAAAAAAUAUAUAUAUAUA